AUGGAUAUACUUUAUUAUGAUCCUUGUACUUACUCCAGAGUCCAGACGAAAAGAUUCGUUUGGGCUUGGCCGCUGUCCGAGCGUGGGGUGCGGAGAGUCCGUACGGAGCAUCGCGCACAGCAACAAACUCCUCUUAGGACUCCGCGGACCGUACUACUUACUACUACGACUGCUGCUACUACUUACUACUACUACUACUACUACUACUACUACUACUACUAUUACUACUACUACUACUGCUACUACUGCUACUACUGCUACUACUACUACUACCACUACUACUACUACAAGAACAACCUCUCUCCCACCCGCCCACCGACCCUUGAAUGCGCCGCUGCCACUGCCCGGCCAGUCUCGGAGCACAGGCCCACCAGACUUCAACUAUUCGAACUCUUCUUGGGACGGUGGAGGAAAGAGGAGGAGUACGGGCUGUGCAGCUGCCCAACCGGCGAGAAGAUGGGACGAAGCAGCAAAUUCACCUUUCCAAUCCCGGGUAGGAAGCGCAAAGAUGCAACGCCAGCUCUAGUUCCGCCUCCACCGGUAGGGGGUAGUCUCUCGAAGGCACAGAAGAUAUUGGGUACUACCUCCGAUUCCACUACCGGUACAUCGCAAAUCCCAGAGGAGAUCCACCCACGGAGGCUCCCAGGCUCGACCGCGGGUGGCAUGACCAUAUCGAUUUCGGACUCGUCGGGAGGAAGCAUUCGUGAGCAGGAGCCAUGGCGCCACGAGCCGGAGGCUUUGGCGAGGAACCAUGUGCUCAACCAGAAAGCUUCAUCUGUUUUACUCAGAACGCAGCACCUGGAGGAUGGGAUCACAGCCACCUCGGAUCGGAGCCGACCUUUGACGAAUAAGGACUCGUCUUCUACUUUGAGGUCCGGCUACGAUCGACGGAAGAUUCCGUUGUCGAUAUCUCAGCAAACCUCGGCUUCUUCUGCUCGGGACAUGGCGUUGAGGAAAGAAUACCCUUUAGCUGCCCAGAGGAGUCCAUUGUUGGAUGAAGUUUCCCUUGACCAGCUCGAUGAUCAAUUUCGAGUGGCCAUCAAACAGCCAAAUGAGAUGCCCUGCUUCGACGCGAGCGAAGUUCCAGAAAGAAAGAAGAAGCUCCACCUGUCCACGCUGUUCACCAAAUCACGGAAAGCCGGAGAAAAGCCACCCGACUCCGGAUACGUGUCGCCUAAUCUGUCUUCGAGUUCCGCAGACGGCCCGCGAAUAGCGACCUUCUUUCCAGAAGUGGCACGUCGUAAGCUGAAUAAGUCGCAAUCCAGGGAAUCGAUGCAGUCCCGGAACUUCAGCAUUCGUUCAGAGAAGUCGUCGUAUCAGACCAACGAAGCACAUGCCCAUUCUUACGAUCAUUAUGACAAUUCGCCUGCACCGUCUCUUUACAUGGAUCAGAUACCGGAAUCUAGAGUCGUGGAUCGUCUCAACACGAGAGACCGCCCCAAGAACGGCGUGGAUUAUGCCAGUUCAAUGGCUACUUCCAUUUCAGAUUCGACGAAACAUGCCGAGCCAAGCUUGAACGCGCCAGAAUGGGAGCUAUUUCCCAGGAGCAAGGUCCGUUCCAUUACCGCACCGGAUCUGGCAUCUUCGAAUUUCCAUCCCCAAAACUUGACCUCAUCCAUUUUAGUACCCUCACCCUGGGACUCUACCAGUGCUGCUAGUAUAUCUAGUCGCAAUACGAGGACGUCAAUGAAUACUGCGGGCAGUAUAGUUUCCCAUGACUUACUAGAGGAGAGCGCCUUUCUGUCGCUAUCGUCAGACACCGAGGAUGAAUCGGACGAUGAAUUGCCCACUGGACUGUCAUCGAGAGGCAAAUCGAAGAAAGAUUUACUCAUGGACGCGUUUCCGCUACCCAGGGACAGCAAGCUAUCCUUCAUGCAGCAGCAACCAGGUGGCCCAACAGCUGGACCCCAUGGCCAGCGAAUGGUCAGACCGCACGAGGCUCCAUGUCUGGCGGUGGGCGAGCGCUCUACUAACCGCCAGCCCGGACCUUCGCCUCCACCUUCGCAAGGCACACCCUCUCCCUCUAGCCAUCAGUCCACCAGACUUCCUACUACAAAAUCUCCCGACAUGUCUUCAUCGAUCAGAUCAGGGCGAUCUUCUCAAUUUCCCAAGACUCUUUCAACCACCUCUACACAGUCCUUACAGAACUCAGUAAGUCCACCCUCGUCACCUGGCUCCAUGACCAGCCGCUUCAUGGCCGUGACCGAGCAAGAGGAAGCGCUCCUCGAGGCCCUUCGCCAGAAACGGUCCCGCAUGCGCGAAGAGAUUAUCGAAGAGCACGAAUCCAUCACAAACCCCCCUCAAGUAGUCGAAACCCACGCCUCGCACCUCUCAGCACGAGGCUCUGUCAACACUAACCGCCAACCAUCCCCCAAACAACAAGCGAUCCUUUUAUAUCUCGAUACCCCCUUGCCCAGGCUCCAACAUGCCGACCAGCGUGAAGCUUCCCCUGACCUCGACGAGGUUUUGAGCUUCGCCUCAGAUGACGACUCGACGCCCAGACAAAGCUGGGUGCCUUCCCGGCGGGAUAAAGCUCGCGCGGAUUCCUCGGCUGCGCCCUCUCAGCGGCAGGAGGCAAGAUACCCCCUGUCGCUUCCUGCCGCGAGACUCAGCGCCGUGGGUGCGUCUCGCGGAUUCAAGCCGGACCGAUCUUCGGGACUCGCAUCGACCGGGAAAGAGAAGCGGAGCACCGGUGUCCGGUUCGUCGACGAAGGGAGGAUCGCUAGCCAGGACAACCCCCUGGUCGACGAUGGAGAGCCCGAGGUGACUUACGUGAAUAUGGAGAGGGGUGCCAUCAUCUCCACGCUGCUCCGAGACUCAGGAUUCCGAGAUCUUCGCCUGCGUGACGUGAACUAUGAUACGUACUUAUGUGACAUGAAAUAUUCUGUGAAGUCCCCCUUCUUCAUGCUGCCAUCCUCGCUUGAUAUAUCAACAACACAAGCAGCAGCUGACUGGCCCCCGACGACUUCCCCAGAUUCACACCAAUAG